AUGCUCGCGGCCAAGGCGGGCCAGAGCCACUUCCUCGCUGCCGUGCUCAUCCUCGCCCUUUCGUGCGCGGCAGUGCGCGCCGCCGGCGCCGUCGUCGUCCCUGCACCCGACGAAGUCAUCAAACCGAUCGACGAGACGACGAACAAGCAAAAUCCGGGACAGACAUGCGCUGCGUAUUAUCGGAUCGACGAUGUCACCGAGAUUAACGACGAAAUAAGGCGAUGUCUGAUACCCCGUGAGGCUGGAAACAAUCCAAGACAAUGA